GCCCGCUCUCCUCACAGCGGGCGGCGCUGAGGGGCGGCCCCAGGCAUGGAGGCGGUGCGGCUGGCGGCUGUGGAGGGCCUGGUGCGGGAGCUGCUGAGGGAGGAGGCGCCGUCCCGCAUCGCCGCUCUCACCGAGGAGCUUUUCCAGGCGGCGGGGAGCGUCUCCGCCGAGGGCGGCAGCGCGGCCGGGGGGCCCUUCUCCAUCCCUCCCGGGGAAACAGAGGGUCCCGGCGCCCCCGAGUGCCCGGCUCCCCUCGCCCAGGUUGAAGAGAGUGCAGUAAACCUGUGGAACUGGGCUGUGACCAAACACACGGGUUCUGUUGUCAGUGAUGAACAAAGAGCUAAGCUACGGUUUGUUGCUUGCAGACUGGUGUGCCUUUGUGAAGGCAGCGAUCCUCCAGAGGGAACUAUUCGAAGACAAAUUUUGAUGUGUAUGAAAACUGGGAAAGGGUGGAUAGAUAUUGGAAAAGCUGAUCUUGCUGACGGAUUUCUAGAGAUUGCCAUGAGUAGUAUAGAAAAACUGUAUGCAAAGUUACUUAAGGGGAGCGAUGGUGAAGCAGAUAUUCACGUGCACAAAGCUGAUGUGGAGAAGAACCUCUUCAAAGUACUCUCUUAUCAGGCAGAAUCAGCAGUUGCUCAAGGGGAUUUUCAGAAAGCGGUGAUGUGUGUGCAGCGCUGCAAAGAUAUGUUGAUGAAAUUACCAAAAGAGACCUGUUACCUAUCAAUUCUCUGUUACAAUUUUGGAGUGGAAACCUACGAAUGGAAGAGGUAUGAACAGAGCUCCUUCUGGCUCAGCCAGAGUUAUGACAUUGGGAAGACGGACAUGAAAUAUUCUGUUGGCAAAGAAAUGCAGGCUAAAGUGCUGCGAUUGUUAGCUACAGCCUAUUUUGAGUGGGAUUGCAAUCUGUAUCUUGAGAAGGCAUUGAAAGCUAUAAGCUUGGCAAAUCAGGAGAAUUUGCAUCCAGCAGGAUGUUUUUUGAAAAUCAAAAUUCUUCUUAAAAGUGGAGCAUCAGAUGAAGAUAUCAACUCAGCUGUUGCAGAGUUCCUGCACCAUGAGAUGUCUUUAGACUUUUGUUUGAAUACUGCCAAACUGCUGCUGGAGCAUGGAAGGGAAUCAGUUGGUUUUGAUUUUCUGAAAUCUGUUGCUGAACGAUUUGAAUCUUCUCCUGACCUUGGAAAAAUUACCCUGCUCCACAUCGAGUUCCUGUUGCAGAAUAAGAGGGAGCUUCUUGCUAAGCAAAAGGUUGAAGAAAUUGUUAUAGGUCAUUAUACUGGGAAACAGCUGUUGCCUGAAGCCUUGAACCAGCUACACAUCAUCUUGUGGGACAGAGCUGCCAAACAUUAUGAGGCAAAAAGCUACUCUGAAGCUCUUCACUGGUACAAUUAUUCUGUCAGCUUCUACACGCCUGGGCAGAUAGAUCAGAACUUAGCUAAGCUGCAGAGGAACAUGGCUUCUUGCUAUCUUCAUCUGAAACAAAUUGACAAGAAUGAACAACAAGUUGUGGCUAUCAAAGCUUUGGAGUAUUUGUCUGAACAUUUACAAGACUGCCAACAAUUAUUUGCAGCUUUAAAAUGUUUGGUUCGUCUUAUGUUGUCAAAGGUCAUGGCAGAAAACGAAGAGAAAAGGGAUGAAGAUAUCAACUCAAUGCUGACUUACUUGACCUUGGCUCACAAGAGACUUGCUGGGUCUUUCACAGAAGAGAAGUUUACAGGGGACACGAGGAUCCUUGACGCUCACUGGUUUAGAAAAGUUGCUUGGAACUUGGCUGUACAGUUCAGGGACUACCCUGAAAAGAUGAGGGAUUUUUUUCUCCUGUCUUUCAAGUUGUCCCAGUUUUGUCCUUCUGACAAAGGUGUUCUAAUUGCUCAGAAGACAUGCCUGCUAAUGGCAGCUGCAGUGGAUCUGGAAAUGGGGAGACAACAAGUAACACCUUCUAAACAGACGGAGCUUUUGACUCAGGCCCUUCAGCAUCUCCAGGUGUGCAAGGAGAUAUGGAAAGUUCUGAAAUUAACAGGAGAUUUUGCUAAAGACCCAACAGAGACAUUGCUGCUGCUUUAUGAAUUUGAAGCAAGAUCCAAGCUGAAUGAUCCAACACUCCACGACCUUAUGGAGUCAGUAUGGGAGCAACCACAAAUAGAGGUCAAGACACUAGAAAUCAUUGCAUCAUUAGCAAUGGAAUCUCCAGCUCGGUAUCCUGUACUGUGUAAGAAAGCUCUCAAGGGUGCACUAAACCUUCACAGAAAGCAGACUGUCAUUGAUGCUGAGAAAUUUAGCAAAUGCUUACAUAGUUUGAUUAAUCUUUCUUUGCCAACUGGAUUAACGGACUUGGAUGCCUGUGUACUGCAGGAAGUGUGGGACUACUUUGAAGAUGCUCUGAGCGUAGUCAGCAGCACAGAUGCUUACCCAGAGGUGGAGAUCCUUUGGUUGAUGACAAGAGCGUGGAAUACAGGAAUAUUUCAAUAUACUGUUGGUAAAUAUAAGGAAGCUGAGCAGUGGUGUGGAUUAGGAAUGCGUUUCCUCAAUCACUUAGGAUCGCUGAAGAAAAGCUACGAAGGCCAUAUGAUUGGUCUUUAUAGUGAGGUUCUGGACAAAUUGGACAGAGCAAAAGGGUUUCUUCCAAAUGUAGAAGAAUAAUGACAGCCACGCUGCAAAAAAAGAGGACGGCAGUGUCUCCUGGAAAUGUUCUGCUGAAUGAAAGAGGCCGUUAGCUCUGCAAAGGCAUGUGGACAUGGAAGCAGUAGAAAAGAAACCAGAAUCUCCUUCUUGUUGGCAAUUAAGUUAUGUACUUUUUAGGAAAUGUUUAUUGAAUAAAUGCAAUUGUUUUCCUCGCAGGAGUAAUUUUCGUUCUCUGGAGCUGUAUAACAGAAAUAAAUACUUAAUGUUUUCAUGAGAUGUAUCUGCUGUUCUGUAACAGGUUGGUUUGAAACCAGAUUUUAGUAGUUUGUGUCAGUGAGAACAAUGAAAGUAUUCCAAGACCAGGCAUCUCCUCUGGAUGUUGUAGCUGCCUUGCUACAUAAAUAUUUAUCAGAUUGUUUAGUUUUCAGUCCCUUUCAGGAUGGACAAGAAUUCAGAGCUGUUUGCCAGUUUCACAGAUGAUUUAGAAUAAAAAAGAGCAGGUACUAUUUCACUCACAGAAAAAGCUAAUGCUGUUUAUAGAGUACUAACUGUAACACACCAGUCACAGUUCAGCAUGAAAUCCCCUCAAAUCCACACAAAACCACAGACUGAUAAAUGGAUGGAUCUUACUGCAGCUGGAUUGAAAAGGUAUCUCCCACCUGAAAUUCUGUGGGGAUGGUGAGAAGCGGGGAGAGGUGGAGUGGGGUUAAGAAACAUAAUUACUUCUAUGCAACUGUUGCUGUUUCACCAGCAGGUUCAGAAGUGAGAAUAAACGUGGCCUGACUGUUGUCUUCUGUACUGUAGCACAGAUGUGCUCCGUGACACCUUUUGGUGUCCUAACUCCGGGGGUCAAAUUGUGGUUGCAUUCCGCCUGCAUAUGAGCACAAGGCCACGCAUCUUCCAGCACGCCCAGCCCUUCUCUGGAAGCAAGUGGAGGAGCGGCAGGAUUUGAGACCAGAACGCCGUGUCCCUGUCCCUGCUGGAACCUUCACGUUUCCCUGUCAGAGCAGGUGAAGACACAUCAGGGACUGUCCCAGGAGCCGCAUCUGCAGAGCCACGCGCCGCACUCAGCCUUAGGGGCACUGAUGCCGCGGAGGGGACAGAGAAGCCUGGCAGCCACCACGGCAGCCGUCAACUGACAACGUUCCUGUGGCGCUUUCCAUCAACAACUUCAUCAUUCCACAUCUUGGCACCACGUAAGGAAACAGUUUGAUUUUUUAGGAGAGGUAAUGCUAGCAGCGGAUCUGCUUAGCAACACAUCUUCCAGUGUUUUAUGGACAACUACCCACCACAAGACUGUUGAUCUGAUCAGUUCAAGGAGUUUCUAAACUGUUUUAUUUGUCCAAUGAGCUUCAGAAACUGUGACCUGUCUGCAAACUAUAGGCCUGUGCUCGCUACAACACCCCCGUUCCCCUGGAAUCUCACUUCUCUUGCGUGCAGUUUGAAAGGAAAAAGACAUUGAAGAUUGAAAAAACAAAACCCUGUCACCUUUCAAUUAGCUCAGCUAAAUGCCAAAGCAAAUUCAGAGAGGAAUGUGUAAUGAUACACCAUUAACCACGUCUGUCUUCCAGUGACCGCUCCUCUUCUCUGUACUUAAAGGUACCAGAAAAAGAUACGAGUUGUUCUUUACAACUUCUUUCUUCUUCUCUCUGCUGUCUAAACAGCACGUUACGCUGUAAAGAGAUGCUCUAUAUUAACUGGAAUAUAUAUUUACUUUGCUGUCUUUAUAUCCAGUACAGGAACAGUUCUGUAACAGCGUAUGAACCCUAUCAUUUGAUCUGCAUUUGUAAAGCAAACUCCCCACAAUUCAAGUCAUGACCCACAAUACAUUUACGGUGUCAUCAGACCAGUGUCAACCUGUUACAACCACCCAACAAAAAGAGCUUUUCAGUUGUUAGAGCUGUAAAUAAGCCCACUUCCUCUUUUUUUUUUUUAAUUUCCUUUUCGGCAAGUUCUCAGUGACUACCUUCUACUAAAAAAAGCAAUUUUAUUUUUUUUUUUUUUAAAACCACUGUCAACACUUAAGUCUGCUGUGGAGAGACGGUAGCAAUAGUUGCUAAGAUCAGCACCAAAAAACCUGGCAGACAAUGAAGGACUCUACAAGAAGGUCUCAAAGACAGCGUUCUUUGCAACUCUCUGUUUAUUAAAAAUAUAUGUCUCCUUGGAAGAAACACUGGUAACCAACUAGUGUUGUCAUGAUCGAUUCGAUACUGUCAGCUAUGCCAUGGAGUACAUCAGCUUUUUCUCCAUGUGACUUGAUAAGAGGGAGACAGGCUAUUACCAAAAAAAAAAAAAAAAAAAAAAGAAAAAAAAAGAAGAAGAAAAAAAGAGACAGGAACGGUGUGACUAGUAUCUUAAGGACUUUUUGUUUCACUUACUCCACUUCUCCAGGGGCAGUUUCUAGCAGCCGUAGCAGGACCAGCAGGGCAGGGGCUGGCUGCCCAACGGGAACCCAUUCCCAAAGUUCGCUCCUUCAGGGUCGCUCCCACUGGCAGCGGGAUCCCUCCGGCCCUCCACCGCCCCUGCGGCCGUGUCUCUCCUGCGGCACUGUCCCCCACUGCUCUCUGUCCCAGAAGGCGGCUUGGCCCCCGCAGGGCUCCGUGUGAUGCAGGAGGAGUGAAGACAGCUUCUCAGCAGACGGUACUCGUACAGUCUCCCAGCCGUUGUCGUUCACACUGAAAACUGUGGCCCGCGUGCACCGUGCACCGACACAACUGUGACAUUCGGGAAAGGGGACCAGCACCCGUGCCUUCACUUAUCUCUAUAAAAUAGGGUGAGGGAGAACGGGCCAAGACUUACCUGCUGGUGCUCGUGUGAUGACCUCCUCUGUUGCUGGUGCUUGGCACUGGGUCUGAGAAACAGCAUUUGGCAGUUCUUUGUAAGGUGGGAACGCUCUUCUGCCUGCACCGUGCGUACCCAGCAACACAGCUCCUUCUGAAAGGCUUCCCCCAGGCUCCACGCAAGGCUCUGGUCCCAUGGAGGAGCCCCAUUCAAGCACAGAAGCCAAAGUGUCCUUAAAGACAGACCACGUCUCAGCUUAGGGCCAACUGUCUCAGCACCAACUUGAAAAAUCCCCGGGGGCAGCAGGCGGGUGCAGCUCCGCAUCCCCUGCCCCUGCAAGCACAGGGCACCCAGUUCGGUGUUCUAAGGUGACCUUGAGAGAGGGAGUGGAGCCCCAUUUCAGAAAGAGGAUUGAGGCAGAGAUGUCAAGAGACUGAACCCACAAGACAGACACGCCGAGCCCCAGCGCCCCGAGCGGCAGGCGAGGUCCCCGCUGUGCUGGGACGGCUGCCACCACCACCGCGUUCGGCGUGGAGCAGGGCAGAGAGAGAGGGAGGAAGUUUUUCAAUUCUGUUACUGAUUUGGAAAAGUGUGAGCGUCCAUCCAAGGCACAGCUGGGGGCUUUUCCUGCCCGUGGCUCACGCAGAAGGGAAUGCCAGCGUGCUGCCGCGAGCCACAGUGGGUCAUUUCCCCUGCACCCACGGGUACAGGGGCAGGCCAGCAUCCCAGGUUUUCCAUAGCAACACAGGCCAGCGAGUACAUUUGUUCCAUGUGGCCGGUAGAGUAUUUCCUAACUAAACACCGCAGAUCUAGAUUCUAUUUACAAUUAAGCCAGCUUAAAAAAUAAGUUAAAAAAAAAAAUGGAUUUUAUACCCAUUCAGUUCAUUAUUAACAAGAGAAAAAAAUGGAAUAAUGGGGGGGAAAAAAAACCAAACAAAAACCAAAAAAACCAACAACACAGUGACACAAUAUGGUUU